AUGCGGGUCACGAAUCCAGCAGCUGCCCGCGUCCUCGUACCACCGAGAGUAAGCGUCUCCAAUUCCGAUUCUAGAAGCGUGCACAAGGGGCUCAUCGGUUCUUCUUUAGCCAAGCAAUGCUACAACUGCCAGGGACUAGGCCACGUUCAGGCCGAUUGUCCCACGUUGCGUCUCAACGGUGCUAACGGCCGUUGCUACAACUGCAGCCAGCCCGGUCACCUUGCGCGUAACUGCCCGGCCCCUGCCUCUGGUGUCGGCCGUGGUGCCGGUGCUCCUCGCGGCGGCUUCAACGGUGGUUUCCGCGGUGGAUACGGCGGCUACCCUCGUGCUGCCACUUGCUACAAGUGCGGUGGCCCCAACCACUUUGCUCGCGACUGCCAGGCUCAGGCCAUGAAGUGCUAUGCCUGCGGCAAGCUGGGCCACAUCUCCCGUGACUGCACCGCUCCUAACGGCGGCCCCUUGAGCUCCGCUGGCAAGGUCUGCUACAAGUGCGCCCAGGCCGGCCACAUCUCCCGGGAUUGCCCCAACAACGAGGCUGCGGCUCCUGUCCAGCAGCCCACCGAGGCCGCCGCUGCGGCUCCUGCUGCCCCCGCUCCCGCUGCCCCCGCUGCCUCCGCCGCGGUUGAAGCCAGCACCGAGGCUGCCCCCGUUGCGACUGCAGCUCCCACUACUGCUGUCGCCUAA